AUGGCAGGCGGGGGAAGCAAUGACGUCUAUGUGCGCAACGAGACACGGAGCGCCUUCGCUGCGGACGACUUCUCGGUGAUGCUGCCCAGCAGUGAGCGAUGUGAGAACACGGUGGCCCUAGGGUCCCUGUUGCUUCUUGCGAACAAAGACCUGGUAACUGAAAGAGUGGUCCGGCGCGCAUAUUGCGUCGGGCGCGGGGAUCCCCCUUCAAAAUUGCGAUCGUACCCUGCGACAAGCCGCCAGCGAAGCGAGCAGGAUGGCAUCGUCCGCGUCUUUGUGUCGCGCUUCUUCAAUCGCAUCGGAGAAUCCCUGCCAACCAAGCACGAGGUUCGCUGUCGCGGAUGGCGCGGACUACUGGAAGACGAUGUGACUCCGCACGACGGCUGCCAAAUCGAAGAGCGUCUCUUCUAUUCUGACAGCGUCAGCGACGACUUGCUCUGGCUGGACGAACCUGGCUCGGAGAUUCAUGAGAUGCCGAAUCCGCUCUUGUUCCGAUUCUCCUGGGAUGACAUUCAGGAGUUCCCUAUCGAGUUCAACGACCGGACAGGCGAGAGGUACUACUACGUGGAUUAUGAAGUCAUAUUAAAGCAAGACCACGAUGACAUGACCUUCUCCAUCACGAUCCCUCGCUCUGGGCGUGGGGGAAAAGGCGCCAAUGAAUAUGGUGACAAUCCCCUGUAUCAGGAAGGGUCAUACGAUUGUUCUGGUGACUUCAAAUUGGUCAAUACGGUCGGCGACACUAGCAUGCCGCUGUGA